ACUCCCAAACAGGACACAGCACUUGCCAGAAAACUUUCAGAGCAAGAACAAACUUCAGCCAUGGCCGAGAGACGCAUUCCCUUCACCUUCAUGCACGGCCCAUCCUGGGACCCUUUCCGUGACUGGUACCAGGGCAGCCGGCUCUUCGAUCAGACCUUCGGGAUGCCACACUUCUCCGAGGAGAUGCCCACCUUUCCCAGCACACACUGGCCCGGAUACAUUCGGCCCUUUGGAUUUCCGGAAAUGGCCUCUUUAAUGCAGAGCCCAGUGGCUCAGAUGCCCAUGUCGCCCUCCGCCACCAUGAUGCCCCCAAACUUCAGCCGGGCCCUGUCCCGACAGAUGAGCUCGGGAAUGUCUGAGAUAAAGCAGACGCCAGACGCCUGGAAGAUCAGCCUGGAUGUCAAUCACUUCGCCCCGGAGGAGCUGACGGUGAAGACCAAGGAUGGGGUGGUGGAGAUCACCGGCAAACAUGAGGAGCGGAAGGAUGAACAUGGCUUUGUGUCCAGAUGUUUCACCAGGAAAUACACUCUGCCCUCUGGUGUCGACUCUGAGAAGAUCACCUCCUCUCUGUCUCCUGAGGGCAUCCUGACCAUUGAAGCUCUGCUGCCCAAACCUGCCAUCCAGGGCACUGAAAUCAACAUCCCUGUCAACACAGGCAGCGCAGUGACUGCCAGCAGUACAAAGAAACCCUGAGCACUACAACACACACACACACACACACACACAGGCAGAUCACUGUGGUACCUUGAGUUUGUUUUCUUCAGCAUGAACGCAAAUGUUCCAUAUUAAUGUCUUGAUACUUCUAUUCUUUGCAAACUGCAGGUAGGAGAGGAGGAAUUGUCAUAUUGCAUUCCCAUCUCAUUUUGUACAUCACUUUUUUCCCUCAUUGUCUCUUCUUUUUAUCAUCGUCCUCUCUUCUACUUGUAGUAAAUCAUAACGACUGUGUACGCACCAAUCUCUAAAAAAACAUGCUCAUAUUUUACCCCUAAAUCAAAAAGAUUGAUAUCAAAUUAUAUGUUGCAAUGAAACAUUUUACCCCAUUAUUGAAAUAUGUAUUAUUUGCAUAUUAAAUAACAUAAUAAAAUAUUAUUGUGCAUAUAGAUCCUGGUAGCAUUUGUUUAUAUACAUUUUUUUUUUUUAUAUUGUCUGGAGGGAUUGAUUUUAUUCUAUGUGAAUGAGAUGAUUUUGCACUACAGUAAUGUAAGAAUUUAAAAAAAAAUUUACAAUGCAAAUGGUCCUAAAAUAUGGAUUGUAUUUAAGAAAAAAACUUUUUUUGAAUUAUGGUGAAUUAUGUCCAUGACAUUUCUUCAGGAGCUUCACAAAACUGCAGUUUUACCAUAUGCUGGCAAAAUGUUGGUUUUUAUAAUAUGUAUUCAUCAAAAUGUAUACGUUUCUCUGCCUGAAACUUUUUUUUUCCUGCUAUAUCACCUUGUCCAUGUUAGCUAUUAGUUAAUGUUGACAAGUAAAUACUGUGGCUUUUUAGUCAUCUGUUUUAGGCUACAACAUUGUAGCUUUUUUAAAUCCAAUCUAACUCUUUUCUCAUAUGAAGCUGAAGAAACUGAAAAUGAAGGAUAGCCUGUUUCCUUUUGAAAUGAAAAGAUCAUACAAAUAGAUUCCACCAGACAUCGCCAUGCUGUUUAACUGCAACAACACAGUUUCCUCACAUCAGUCGUCUCGGCAGGGAGUGUCUUCAGAUUGGUCUCUUUGGGUUUUGUGAGGCAUUGCAUAAUGUUUUAAAUGACUGUAAUAAAGGCUUUAUUUCUGAAUAUCCUCAUGGUGGAGUUGGGAAUAAACAUCUUCAGGCA